CACAAAAUCUUGCUGCAAAUGAAACCGAGUGAUGUAAAUUUCUGUUUGUUUCUUGAGACUCUGAACCCAAAAAAAAAAAAACAUGCGUGUGGUUGGCUUUCAAACGUCUUCAGAUUUCUGACUAUGUAUGUGUAAUGUGUUUUGUGUCAUGUAUUAUCUAAAAAAGGACCACAGAGUUACAGAGCUUACAGUUUGUAGGUUCGCAGCUACUGCCCUUCUGCGACAUCUUUUUAUAUCUUGGUUUUGGUUAUCAACUGUAUUUUAAAGCUUUGAGGGCUUCUGUCUUUGUACAUGUUUCUUUUAAUGGGAUUUUAAAUUAUAUUUACUGCGAUUAUAAUCUAGUUACAGUUGUGAGCUCAGUCUUUUUUUAGCUUCUUCUACACACUAGUUCAAGUUAUUUUGAUAUUUGAUGAUUUAAUAGUCAAAUUCUGUUUUUUUUCGCUUCCUCAUCUUCCUGCUUUGGCUUAAGUUUGUCGAAGGGACCCUUUACUACCUAUGUUCAUUUUCUUUUGUUUUUCUAAGAUUGCUUUUAUCUCUCAACUUGGUUCCUCUGGAAGGCAGAUAGAAGUGGACCAGCUAAAUUCUAAAGUUUUUGAAUGUGAUAUAUAUGGCUGAGAAAUUGAGAGAGUAAAAUAUUUAUAAUUAGAGCUAAUUCCAUAUUCAAGUAUUUGUUUAAGGCAAAUAGUCCUAAAGGCAUAAAUAGAAAACAUUGGACGUCGUUUCAUGUGACUGAACUGACGUUAUGAGGUAGUUGGCAAGCCAAAAGGUUUUCGAGAAGGCGUGGAGAAGCUUUUUGAGGUUCUUUACUAUUUGAAUUACUUGACAAAUUUUUGUGAAGAAAGGGAAAAGAUGGAGGCACUGAACCAGAAAUCUCUUGAGAGAGCAGUGUCACAGAGAGCUCUGCAAAUGGGGAGUUCAUUUCCUUGUCAAAUUUGUGUUAUGGGUUUUCUCUGUGGAGUCUGCCUCACCUCAUUGUUUCUUGCUACUCUCACUUCAUUUGGUAGUUUUGAGUUUGGUGGAAUUUCAUUUUCUUCCAUCUCAAUGGGAACUACACCUGGGAAUUCAAGUUCUGAAGUCAUCAAUGCAGUUACGAGUACAGACUGCAAAUUUAUGUUGAAAGAAACAGAGAGAUGGGUUGAUUCACAUAGAAGUGAAAGAGAAGCUGAAGAUCAGAAAGUGUCCUUAUUGUAUUCAGCUUGGGGUGCUUUAGUAACAAAUUCAGUAAUUGAAGAAAGAGAGUUUUUGGAAAGGUUCAGACUCAAAAGAUUCAGUGUGCCCAAUGCCCCUCAUUUUGAGGACUGCAAGUUGAGUACAAGAGUAAAUACACAUCUUGAUACCCGAUCCGAGAAUGGGGACUUCCCUCCUUGGACAAGUUGGAAGGGACUACUGGACAUGUAUCCAGUGUCUUCUGUCGAUGAACAGAUUAAACAUUUUCGGCAUCAAGCCAUUUUGGAAGGCAUUUAUCCUCCUUGGAUUUCAGGGUCAGAUGAGGAGAAUUAUCCCCUCACAAGGAAAGUGCAACGUGAUCUAUGGGUCCAUCAGCAUCCAUCAAACUGCAGUGAUCCUAAUGUAAGAUUUCUUGUAGCUGAUUGGGAAAGAUUGCCUGGCUUUGGUAUUGGGGCGCAGAUUGCUGGAAUGUGUGGCCUUCUUGCUAUUGCAAUCAAUGAAAAAAGGAUCCUUGUCACAAAUUAUUUUAAUCGAGCUGAUCAUGAUGGUUGUAAAGGUUCAUCUAGAUCAAGUUGGUCUUGUUACUUCUUUCCUGAGGCCUCCCAAGAAUGUCGAGACCGUGCAUUUGAGCUUAUGGGCGGUAAAGAGGCAUGGGAAAAAGGAAUCAUAACAACAAAAGACAAUUAUACUUCAAAGGAAAUAUGGGCUGGAAGGACUCCUAGGGAAUGGGGUGAUCCUUGGAGUUAUUUGCAACCAACAACAGAAAUAAAUGGCAGUCUAAUUGCCUAUCAUCGCAAAAUGGAUCGAAGAUGGUGGAGGGCACAGGCAGUGCGUUACUUAAUGAGAUUUCAGAGUGAUUACAUGUGUGUUUUGAUGAAUGAUGCCCGCCAUGCUGCAUUUGGGAAGGAAGCUGCAAAAGUGGUUCUUGCAAGUCUUCCCAAAGAAUGGCCAAAAGUUGAAGUUACAAGCAAUUCAAGAACGGAUAUUGAAGAGUUUGUAUGGUCAAGUCACAGACCAUGGAUCCCGAGGCCAUUGCUAAGUAUGCAUGUAAGAAUGGGUGACAAGGCAUGUGAAAUGAAAGUGGUCGAAUUUGAAGAGUAUGUGCAUCUUGCUGGUCGUGUUAGAAAGCACUUUCCGCAUCUCAACAGCAUUUGGCUGUCCACUGAAAUGCAGAAAAUUGUUGAUAAAACAAAACAAUAUCCCCAUUGGAACUUCUACUACACAAACGUGACACGGCAAGUGGGAAACAUAACAAUGGCAAAAUAUGAAGCAAGUCUUGGUAGAAAAACCAGCACAAACUAUCCCCUUGUGAAUUUCUUAAUGGCGACCGAAGCUGACUUCUUUAUUGGAGCUUUGGGUUCCACUUGGUGCUUUCUUAUUGAUGGCAUGCGGAAUACUGGUGGAAAAGUAAUGGCAGGAUACCUGAGUGUCAAUAAGGAUCGGUUUUGGUAGAAAUGAGUGGAGCAUGAAGUUGUACAGCUAUGUACAUUAGAACAAUGGUCAACAAAUCUUUUGAAAUACAAGCAGACCUCUUCAAGACUGCACAAGGAAAGAAUUUGAAAUACAAGCAAACCUCUUCAAGACUGCACAAGGAAAGAACCCUGAUACCUUCCUCCUAUUGGAGGCGAAGUGUCUAGAAAUCCUUGGUCCAAUUUUUAUGAUAACAGUACAGUACUGAGAGAGGAAGUUAAGAGUUCUGGCAAAUUUAUCUGUAUGUGGGUGGUAUUCAUUUAUUCUCAAAUGUUUGUAUUGUAAAUAUAAUCUAAUGUAUGAAAAAUAAAAAUAAAUUUAACUGAAAUCACUAUGUCCAAUUAUUUA